GGGGGGUCCUGUACCUGUCACUCAUGGCGGGGACUGCAAGUAGGGACGCUGAGUCGAGCGGGCAUCAGCAGCAACAGCACGAUCAUGAAAAACAUCAUCAUCAGCAGCAGCAGCAUCAGCAGCAGCCCCAUGGAUCCCAACACAAUUUGGGCCAUGCCGUGACUUCUCCGGUGCCCAUGGGACAUUCUCAGGACGGACACCACGAAUCUAAGCUGCAGAGGCUGAAGCGCUCGCUGUCGUUCAAGACCAAGUCCCUGCGCAGCCGCAGCGCAGACAACGUCUUCGAGCGUUCCGACCGGGACUCGCGGGGAGAGGGCAACCUCAUCCUCACUCCGGCCCUGAUCCCGAACGCCGCCCUCCGUGGUAGCCCCUCGUCGCCGCCGCCGCCACCGCCGCAGCCGCCGCAGCUCCCCCCGGCGUCGCGCGAGUGCCUCCUGGGCGAGGCGCGGGCCUCCCGGGCACUCCUCUCCUCCUCCUCGUCCUCCUCCUCCUCCUCGUCCUCCGCCACCACCAACGUGGCCGCCGCUCAUCUGCCGCCGUCCCCGCUGCGUCUCUUCCCCGGCGAGCGACAGCACGACUUCCAGGAGCACGUCUUCAAGAAGCCCACCUUCUGCGACAUCUGCAACCACAUGAUUGUGGACACAGGGAGCAGCAGCAAGCACGGGCUGCGCUGCAAGGCGUGCAAGCUGAGCCUGCACCACCGCUGCCUUGGGGGUGUGGAGAUGCAGCGCUGCAUGGGCAAGAUGCCGAAGGGAUUCCGCCGUCACUACAGCUCCCCGCUGCUCAUCAACGAGCAGUUCUCCUGCAUCAUGGAGGUCAUCCCGCUCGAAGAAGACCGUAAGCGAAAUGAGAAACCUUGUGUCUGCAGCUCGGCUAGGCGUGGGGACGGCCACUCAGGAUGCGGGAAGAAAGUGGACCCGGUCUACGAGACUCUGCGAUUCGGCACGUCGCUGGCGCAGCGCGUGAAAGGGCGUGGAUGCGAGGGUGAGCCUGGGCCGUGCCGACACAGCAAUAGCAUGGAUGCCGAUCUCAUGGAUGUGCCAGAAGAGAUGGACAUGGGAGGAGGACCGCCGGGCGUCCAGCCAAGCACCCAGCCAUCUGUGCAGCAAGCCACCCAGACGGCCACGAAUCCAGAUGCUCAUUUAGAGGGCCCGCCGGGGACUCUGCCAGCCACCAAAGCAGACAGCCAGCCAGAGAAAAUGUCUCCCGCUGGGACGGGCUCGGAGGACACGGGCGCUGGUGACAAGCCAAAGAAGCCGACUCCGGUGCGGAGGGGUCAGCUGAAGCACAUGGAGUCCAUUCAGCAGAUGUACCAGUACGUGGCACUGUCCCAGUACGUGCCGCAAGACAGCGGCGACCUAGCCAUCCAACCCGGAGACAUCCUAUCGAUUGUUGACGAUUCCAACGAAGAGUGGUGGAAGGGCCGGAUCGACGACCGCGUCGGCUUCUUCCCUGCCAACUUCGUGCAGCGGGUGCGGCCGGGCGAGCGCGUGUUCCGCUGUGUGCGUGCGUGCGCGGGCACCCGCGAGCACGGCCAGCUGGCGCUCAACCUCGAGCAGAUCUGCGUGGAGAAGGCCAGCAUGCCCGCGCAGGGUUUGGUGCGCGUGCAGAGCGGCCGCAAGAAGGGCCUGGUGCCCAUCGACUGCCUGGAAGAGAUAUGAGCGAGGCAGGGCCCAGUCGGUGAAAAUCGAUGAUCGACAAUGCCUCCAUGGGGUGCGUCUCUCCCGACUCGGCCGGUUCCUUAGCGGGAGGCUGGAGAAGAGCGUCUUGAGUUGGCGAGCAGGUGUAAGUGAAAAAACAAAUGGCUUGGCUCUGUGGCAUAGAUGGCCAUUCCGACAGCAGAGCUUCUACCGCUUUCAGAGACCCUGCCAUGGAACAGCAGCUGUUCGCCACCACCUGCCAAUAGUGUUGCAGUGGAAAGUUCUUGGUGGCCACCGAGGAGCCGUCACUGCACAGGCAGGUGGAGAACGAGCAGACGCUGUUUGUUGUUUUUUUUGUGUUCUGGCAGCGUAAGCGCACGUCUGAAUUCAUAGCGGGGGAAACGUCCGGGAGCUUGGCACAGCUGGUGGUGCAUCGUGUGUGUUGGACAUCGGCGCAUCAUCAGUGUUAGCUGGUGGUGAAACUUCAGCGUUGACCUCUGCUCCGUUGCAUAUUUUAUGGGAACUCUGUGUAUUUCUACACAGCGCACUGCAGAUUUGCAAUAGUGCCCCCCUUCAACAGUAGAUGUUCCCUCCACCUUCAAAUGUUAUUCAUUGAAUUUCUGACAGACUUUUAAAUAAGCUCCGUGUAGUCUCACUGCGGCACAUGUCUGAAAUGCUCGCAGCAGCUAAUACACAACAGGCUCACAACUGUGAGAUUAGUGCAUUAAUUUACUGUUGUAUUUAUUUAUUUACCUAGCAAUUUAUUUUUUUACAGAAAAUCCAUUAUUUUAAAUGUAGCAUUUAUAAAAAAUGCAUAUAUUAUUCAAUGCACAUACGUUAUCGUUUGCGGGAUACACUGUUGUAAAAAAAAACGUAGAAAGAACUACAUGUUUACAAAUGUCAAAGUUAAAUCGUGCUGUCUGAAAGUGUUUUUGAUGGUUUAAAAAAUGCAGGUUCCUUUCUGUGGAGAUUAGAAAUAGUUACUUACAAGCAAUUACCGUAAAUGAAGGAAAAUGCAAACAUUUGGCUAAUGACUAGAGUGGCUGUUUAGAUGUGCAUGCUCGCAUUGAUGCGUGUGUAUAAUUGUAUACAUUUAUAUACAAUGUGUCUUUGCAAAUAUUUGAGAAUAGGAAGGGGGUAAACAUUCAUGACUCCACCUCAAGUUAUUUAUAAUAAUUAUACCUAACAUCACCCUUUGGAGUUAAAUCAUGCAUUAUCUUAUUCCCCUCGUAUGUUUGCUUUUAAAAUGAGAAUAACAUCACAUGGGUUUUUUAAUCUUUGUCAAAACGAGGGACAACCCCGCAUGAUGUUAACAUUGAACUAUUUCUGGUGUUACUUUUAGUCUCGCCGAACAUUUGAUGGCCCUCAUUUCUGCUCUGUAAAGAUGGGUUCUCCUUACAUUUUAUUUCUCAAACCCCAGGGCUGAAGUGAAGACAACGAUGUAUACUAAUGCUUUUUAGGAAUGUCGUUAUUGGUGGUCAGGCUGAGACCUUGAAAUAAGACCACACCUGAAAACCUCGUGUAAUCAUGGGUGGCACCCCACAUUUAAAGUGAGGGACUCGUGCUAGCUCAAGUACUGUGACAAGAUGUUAAUUACCUUGCCCGAUAUACAGGAGGUCGUGGAUUCCAUCCUGACCCUGACGCCUGUACAUUUGGAGUUUGCACGUUCUCUCCAUGAUCGUGUGGAUCUUUAUCCGGGACUUCCGGUUGUUCCCUCCACAUAUAUAAUGAACAUAAUGCGUUUAGAGUAUUUGGCUGCUUUACAUUUCAACCUGAUAAGCCACUUCGUUGAGCUAUAUAGCUUCUGAAAAGGAGCUAUAUAGCUCAGUGGGCCUUACUUGGUAAAAUAAAAUGCUUAGUUUGAAAAUCGUUUAGUUUAAAGCACGUUAAAGAAGUGGUUUUUAGUACCCUUGGCCACUCACCCAUGUUAACAUCAGACAAGUAGUUUUAUUAGCACCUUUUUUGUCAGUAUCAAGUACGUAUGGUUACUGUAUACUUGAUUCCUUGCAAAAUAUAUUUAUUUGAUGUUGUGUGGUGGGGUAAAGUGUGGCUACUCCAGCCUCUUCCCAGAGGUAUGGGCAGCGUGGAAGAAUAGGCCAAAAACCCAAUCGAAAGGCUGUCAGCAGUGGCGUUCGCAAGAUAAAUAAAUGCGGGGCUCCACCUCUGUCUUCACCUUACCGCAGUUGGAAUCUCAUUGCCACCAAUUUCAAAGCCACCCGCUUAUCCGGGAUGGAGGCACGGGACGCCAUCGUCCCUCACUUGUAAGGCGAUGGACCAGACGCUUCCCGGAAAGCUCUCUCCCGAGUGUGCUAAGCAGGGGGGGGAGGUUGAAAUGGAACAUAGCAAUGUCCACAGCUUGCUGGGCUUAGAGUGGGGGUGGCGCGGGUGUGGUGGUGGUGGUGGUUGUUGGUGGCGAUGGGGUUCACGGGGCAUUUUUUUGCCGUAGCGGUUAGCGCUACGAACCUGACGACCCGGCCAACACCAGUGACGAUUGUCUAAACCGGUCCCGGGCCUCCCCUAGGUCGACUCAGCCACCAAUGAGUACCUGGUGCGAUGUGUAGUAAACGUCGCCACCGGGGAGACAAAGGCGGACGGGCGUGGUGUGUUGGCCUACCCACCCCCUCGUGUGCCGUGCCGGCCUUCAUAGGUGCUGCUCGCUAACAGCACUUUUACAAAGCCGCAGUUCAAGAAAUGACCGCAUUCACGACGUGAGAGGGAUUUCAUGUUUCUCUCCUCGUCAGGCACGUGUUUAGACCAAAUACUGUACAUGAACUACACUGAGCAUUUUUGUAAUACUUUACAUAUAUAGAUGCACUACUACUGUAUAUACACUACCACCCUUACGCGUGCACACACACAUAAAUGUAUCUUACGUGUGAUAUUUUGAGAGAGGAGGGAGGCACUUUCCAAUACCGUUUUAGCAAACGUCUGUCAGCCCCAACACGCGUCCUGUCAUUUGAUGUUUCACUUGAGUGAGAAUUUAUAUCUGUGUAAGUCCACUUGUGGUGAAGCCAACGUACUGCCGAAAAUAGCGACGGCGUUCGUACGUUUAUGCAACUUUGAGCACAGGAUUAAAAAUAAACUGAACACGAAGAGUGCAAACCAGACUUCAGGGAUGAAUCCCGCCCACCAAAUCGACAGCGACGGCCGUCUUGAAGGCUCCCCGUGACUUUGCCACGUCGGCUCCCGGAAAUCCCACCGUGACUCGCGUUUGUCACAGGGCCAUCAUCGGUUUCUGUGGCCAUCAAAAACAUUUUAGCUGUGCUCCCGGGCGACAGCGUGUCCGCUGAUGGACGUAAAUCGCCCUCUCCCGUCUCGCCUGGGCCCUCACUCGGCUCUACCUUUUGAUCUUCGGCCACCGAUGACAAGCGCGUGUGUGUGUGUAGGGGGGGAGGUUAUUUCCCCUCCCUCAAGUGCAUUGUCUAGGACCGGCUGGGUAAACUUAAACCGCAUCGCCUGUCCCGCACUAUUUAUGUCUAGAGAACGGCCACAAAAAGAGCCCCCCCCCCCCCAAAAACCCAUUUUUUUCAGGAGCUUUUCUUUUUGCGAUUUUUUUUUCUGACGGAGCGAGCCGUUUUUUUCCAUAAUUUUUUGGUUUGUUCCGUGUCGCAGCGGGAGCCCUCUCGCAUCUCUGCAGCGGCAACCUCGUGGGGGGGGUGGCGGUGGUGGGGUGGUGGUGGGGGUUUAUUUCGGCGUUUUGUGUGAUCGCUCCAGUCGCCGAGCUUGAACGCGACACACUGCGAACGACGCCUGAAGGAACAAAAAAAAGCAAUCGACACAAAAAAAAACCACCCCCCACUGGUGAUGAAAUUGCAGCCAUGGGAAGAGCUCACGGUCACCGGGGGACGAGCAAAGGUCACAACAAAGCAAUGAGACGCGCGUGCGAGGUGAAUCGCAGCCGCUAACAGAGUCGGCGUUGCCAACACGGAGUUUACUCGCGUUUAAAGCGAAAGUUAAGGCAGGAUGGCGAGGUAAUUGGAAAAUAAUGGUUAAGUUAAACGGGGAGUGCAAAAAAACACAAAGUCGUUGAAGGUGAAAAAUGAAAUCUUUCAACUGGAAGUAGUUUCGGUCAAGAGCCCGAAUGGUUUCAGGCAUCGGAAGUGUACCGCACAAGUUGAUUGCACAAGCAGCGAGGACAGGGCCGUGGAUCGCCACAUCGCUCACAGGACGCGGAAAAUAAUAGUCGUGGAGUCAAAGUGUCUCCCUGCUGCUUCAUUGAGAUCCUGAGUAGCCCUCAGUUCGCUGAGUGGCUUCGAACAAGCAGUGGAUAAUUUUACAUUCUCACGGAAGUAGUCUCACAAUAUGAUGAGACCCAUUUUGGUGAAACAUUCACUUAAUAUACAUAUUUUUUAGAUAGAUAGAUAUAUAGUGUAUUUAAUAAAUCAAUAAUACGUACUGUGAUUCCGUAUAACGAUAGUAAUUUAAACAUAGGAUAUUAAACAACGGUGAUAAUGACAAUGUCUUACAAUUGUAAAACUUAACACUGAACUACUAUGGAAUUGUUUUUUAUUCACUAGUGCAGGGAGAAUGAUUGGCGAUUAUGAUUCUAGAAGUUGUCAAAGAGCAAAUAAUCUGACUUGCAAUGUCAUCGUUUAGCAUGAUUCCGUUCAUGGAGGCGUCUUUUCUUUACACCAAAGGUAUUAAAUGGGCAAAAUUAACUCCAGUAAUGUAACACUGCUUGUGAACAUAGUCUUGUUGAAGCUUUGUAAUGGCUUCAUAAAUGUGAUAUUAAUAGAUUUUACACAUGAAAACAGUAAUUUAAUAACUGACAAAACCAGUAUGAAUGUCAUAAGUACAACCAAUGACUAAUUAUAAAUGCGUCAUUGGCUUAGCUUUGCGAAUUUAAUCGUAAUAAAUGUUUCAAUAAAACAUCAAUGCCAACUUCAAUGAUCACCUUCAAUAGAUCAAUAUCAAUAAAAUUCUGACAAUUACCAACUCAUGAAAUAAAAUACGCUAUUUUGCUUACGAAAAUAGAACUUGCCCUAUGGAUGGUGCACACAGUUGCCUGUGCAAUAAUUUUUUUUUAUUUAACUUUUUUUUAACACAAAGGAGGAAUGCUCUUUAGAGAAGCUGCUUUAUAAAAGUGAUCGUUUGGAGCUAUUCCCCACCAGGCAGAAGGUACGAUGUGUGUGCAAAUUUCCGUCUGUCAAUAGGUCGGUCAUGCAGAGGUAAACUUCAUAAUAAUAAAAACAACCAAGUGAAUUGUAUAUGCCGUUUCACAUGUUCCCAGCACUUGAAGAACAACAACACCCUGUACGCUGUCCCUGCGAGAACCAUUUGUGUACGAAGCUUUGGAUGUUUGCACUCUGAUGUGUUUUCUGUGAUGCUCCGGAGCAUGAUGCUGCGAUGCACGAUGCGCCGAUAAGGCUAUAUCUGGCACAUGCAUUGAGAAGCGUAUACAUUUGCCAGCGCCAGGCAGUGAGUGACCUGUUCGAUGAUGAGGUCACAUUUUGACCCAUCCAUAAAGGAUGUCUUUAAAAAAGCCAUUAAAAAAUAUAAAACCGGUCUUUACCCCUCCCCCAUCAAAUCCUGCAUUUUCUCCUUCCAUUCACUGAAAAAUAUCAAGAAAUUCUUACCACCGCUCUCAUCUAAACAUAACUGGUAUUACUCUUUGGUUCUAUUGGGUAAAGUAACGUAGGUACCCAAUAGAACCAAAGAGUAUGGAUCCUUGCAGUCACGAAAGCUUUAAAUCUAGAAUAACUGGUAUUUUUAAACAUACACGUGGUAGGGCAUGACAUUCUGCCUAUCACUUUGUAUUUCAAAUCAUGUAAUAUCACUGUACUGGCAUUUAAUGAUUUUUUUUUAUAUAUAUGGACUUGGUAAUUGCAUUUCAUACAGAAUCUGGAACCGUUCCACAUUUAAAUAUAAAUGUAUACACACGGUAUAUAAUCCUUAUCAGUAAUUAUAUUGCCUUGCAGCAGUCUUGUCCAGAACUGACCCAUCCUGUCCACGGUUCAGCACAGACACAGGGGCUUUUAUACCCAGCAAAGAUUUAGCAAAGUGCAACUCAGUUAUUGUGGAUAACUCUCCACAUUUGGACCAUGAGAUUAUAUGUGACUUUCACAUCUGCACAAGAUAACAAAUGGCACGUUUGUUUGGCAGUGUUCUCGUAGACUUUGAAGAGUGGCCUAAUGUUGAAUUCUAAGCCCUGAACCCUGAAUAUAAAGGCUGGCGCGUGCUGGUGUGAUGAUCACAGAGCCCUCUGGCCUACUGCGGACAUCCCCAAAUCCUCACGUAAUACUCCGCUUUUCAUUCGAUGUAUUUACUGAGUUGGGGAAGGGGGGGGGGGAGCACAGUGGUGGGAGGUUGUCUCCUUUUUUCUGGUAGAGACACAUAGUCUAACUUUUUCACUUCUCAAGCCAAGUGUUCAGGACAAGCUUUGGGAGUGCUCCGUUUAAUAAUUGUGUAUUUCGCACCGCGAGCUGUUACGUAAAAAUCUAGAACACUGGUCUCCUGCCGCCACCACCCCCACCCAUUACCGUUCUGCUGCCGCCACCGCCUCCGCGUUUUGGUGUCGUGUUGUUCACACCGUCGGCGAUAAAUGUGGCAAAGUGUGCGCAUGGGUCACAGAGAAGGUCGCGACAUUACGCGAGGAUGUGAAAUAUGCGUUCGGCUACAACACUUUGCAAUUUACGAAUGCGCAGCAAAUAACGCGACACCACAGCGGCCCCGUGGGGAUAUUGAAAGCCGAAUGCGCUUACAACGUGGUUGUAUGAUGUGUUAAAAAAUAAAAUAAGACAUUAAGGCAGUGCAUUGGCAGUGCUGAAAACGCCCAGGUUGAAAAAAUCUCACCAUCAUCAACAUUAGCCCUGUCAAAUAACAAUUAAUUGUAAGGCAGUGGUAAUGAUGAGUGUCGUGAGUUUUUGUUCUCUAAUCAUCUAUUGGUCUAAAACUCAGUCGCAUUGCACAAAUAUGAUCGACUUCAGGCCCUAUCAUCUAAAUCCAUUCAAUAUUUUUAUUUAUUCAUCUUGACUCCUCCAUUCAUAUAGAAUGGAAUUGUCAGGAUAAAUGAAAUUUAAAUUAAGUUGGAAAGUGGCUUUGAAUAACACAGGGCCACAUUGCCCGUUUUCACUGGGCUAAUUUCAUGAAGAGGACACUUGCACCGUUGAACUUCACAGGCAGUGAUACCAGUCGUCUCUGCGGUUAGCUUUGAGACAACCCGGGGCCACGGGACUUCCCGGUAGCUAUGCUUUAGCACUGUGUGACACGCAUGGUUGUCGUACCUCAGAGGCAUCCGCCAUUCAUUUGAACAUCAGUGGCCCCCACUGGAAGAGGGGAGGGGGGGUCCAGAAGCCAUGAGAACUACCACUGUAGUUUACAGCUGGUUUACAGUUAAUGUUUCAUUGCUAAAAGGACAUUUUAAAACGAAUCUGUCGGAAGGCCGUGGUGAGGAAUUGAUGUCGCUUCUUAAAUCCAUGUGGAGUUUAACCUGGUCCAUCCAGCCGCCUUGCUCCUAUGCAAACGCUACAAUGGAUUACUGUGAUAAAGAGCAGCGGAGAACGUGGGAAGGUUAACGAUUCUAGGGACCUUACAUGUAUCUUGCAAUUAUCUGGAACUGAAUUGUCGAUGCGUGUGAUGUUGCAGUGAACUGAAACAGAAAAGGAACACAAAAAAAUAAACUUGGUAAUGAAUGUGUG